AUUUUAGGCACAAACAUUUGGAUGGAGCAACUAGAGAGGCUAUCAUUAGUCUCUAAAGUAUGCUCAGAGUUGGACAAUCAUUUCGGCAUCAAAGAAAAGGAUGUAGCUGAGUUUAUCAUUGACUUGGCCUCCGAAAAUGAUACAUUUGACAAAUUCAAAAGAGCAUUGGAGGAGCAGGGUCUCGGAGAACAGUUUGAUGAUUCUCUUACUGCAAAUCUACUUCGCCUCAUACAGCACAUGCUUCCAAAAAAGAGUAAAAGCAAGAAAAAUCCCUCACAUAAAAUCACGUUGAUUUCUGAUGCUAAGGAAGAGCUCAAGGCAAGACUCCCUGCUCUUGCUAUGCCAAAUAGUAGCACCAAUGACAUGAUGAGCCAGCUCGAAAACCUAGUUCCAAAAUGGAAAGAAGAGCGAGAAGAAGUGAUAGAAGACAUCAAGCCCUCUAAGAGAGAUUCUUCUACAGUCACAUCUGAGAAGAAAAGGCGAAGAAGUCGUAGCAGAAGUCACGGCAGGCGUAGAGAUCGUAGUAGAAGUAAUGAGCGAAGCAGAGAUCGACGAAGAGAUUCUAGGAAGCGUUCUCGAUCGCGCUCUCAUUCUCGGGAUCGCGAUGAUAGAAGAGGGCGACAUGAUAGAGACAGAAGCAGAAGACGGCAUGAGGACUCUAGAGAUGGUAGAGAUCGAAAUCGCAGAGAUCAUGAUGACAGACGGUCUGACAGAGGCUGGAAGAGAAAAGACCGCGAUUAUGAUUCGAGAGAUUUGCCAGAUGCACCUGAAGUUGGGAACAUCUACAAUGGUCGGGUCAUUAGCAUUCAGUCCUUUGGAGCAUUCAUUCAGCUUGAGGGAAUACGGCAACAAACUCAAGGUUUGUGCCACAUCUCUCAGCUCAAGAACGAACGAGUGAAUGCUGUUGCUGAUGUGCUUAGCAGAGGUCAAAAAGUGAAAGUCAAAGUUUUGAAAAUGGAAGGUGGGAAAGUGUCCCUGUCUUUGAAAGAGGUGGAUCAGGAGACUGGAGAAGAUCUCAAUCCGCAGGAAGCUCCACUUCCUGUAGACGCUGUCGGAGUCAGUGAUCUGCGAAAUCCAGAAGCUCCAUGGGUGAAUCCUGAAAGCGCAUCUGGCGUUAAUGGAACCGUAGCUACAGGAACAAGCAAGAGUCGUAUACGGAUGUCCACCCCGGAAAGGUGGGAGUGGCAGCAAAUGAUGGGUGCUGGUGUGGUCACCAAUAUGGAUCGUCCAGAUUUUGAUGAAGAGGCUGGAGUCUUGAGAGGAGAAGAAGAAGAAAGUGAUGGCGAGGAUUACGAAGUCGAAAUUGUGGAAGACGAACCAGAAUUUCUGCGUGGGUACGGCAAAGGAAAUCAAGAAAUUGAGCCUGUUAAAGUGGUAAAGAAUCCUGACGGAAGCAUGGCGCAAGCUGCUCUCAUGCAGAGUGCUCUUUCCAAAGAACGAAGAGAGGCAAAGAUUCAAGCGAAUCGUGAGAAAGAUGCCGAAAGGAGUAGCGGCUUGAAAUCUGUCAGCACGCGCAUACUCGAUCCGAUGCAAGAAAGAGAUGUGGAUAAUACCGACGAUAGAGGGCCUAUGAGGCGCGACAGAGACAUGCCGGAAUGGAUGAAACAUGUCACAGCAGGAGGAAAGGCGACUUACGGCAAACGCACGAAUUUGAGCAUGAAAGAACAGCGCGAAUCUUUGCCAAUUUUCAGUUUGAAGAAAGCCCUGUUACAAGCCAUGUCUGACAAUCAAAUACUCGUUGUGAUUGGAGAAACUGGAUCGGGUAAAACCACUCAAAUAACGCAGUAUGCUGUGGAAGCAGGAUUCGCUCGUAAAGGACGGAUAGGUUGCACCCAGCCUAGACGUGUGGCCGCUAUGUCUGUUGCAAAGAGAGUUGCCGAAGAGUUUGGCGCCAAGUUAGGUCAAGAAGUAGGAUACACUAUACGUUUCGAAGACUGCACUAGUCAAGAUACGAUCAUAAAAUACAUGACGGACGGAAUGCUUCUACGUGAAUGUCUUAUUGAUCCGGAUCUCAUGUCUUAUUCGGUGAUAAUGCUCGACGAGGCUCACGAAAGAACGAUAAACACGGAUGUGUUGUUUGGUCUGCUCAAAGCUGCAGCAAAGAAACGACCUGAUCUCAAACUUAUCAUCACCAGUGCAACCCUGGACGCGGUAAAGUUCUCUGAGUAUUUCUUCGAAGCCCCCAUCUUCACGAUUCCCGGUCGGACAUUCCCUGUAGAAAUUCUGUAUACCAGGGAACCAGAAACUGACUACCUUGACGCUGCACACAUCACGGUGAUGCAGAUUCAUCUGACCGAACCUCCUGGAGACAUUCUUGUAUUCCUUACUGGACAGGAGGAAAUCGAUACCUCAUGUGAAGUUUUGUAUGAACGAAUGAAGGCCUUAGGUCCGGAUGUACCUGAGCUAAUCAUAUUGCCUGUGUAUGGUGCCCUUCCGUCUGAAAUGCAGACCCGGAUUUUUGACCCAGCUCCACCAGGAAAACGAAAGGUCGUGAUAGCAACAAACAUUGCGGAAACUUCCUUGACCAUUGAUGGCAUCUAUUAUGUAAUUGAUCCUGGUUUCGUCAAGCAGAAAAUCUAUAAUCCAAAAAGUGGGAUGGAUUCUUUGGUCGUGACGCCAAUCAGUCAAGCAGCUGCAAAGCAGCGAGCUGGCCGUGCUGGAAGGACGGGACCUGGUAAAUGCUAUCGUCUCUAUACGGAGAGAGCGUACAGAGAUGAGAUGCUGCCGACUCCUGUACCUGAAAUCCAGCGAACAAACUUGGCAUCAACGUUAUUGCAGUUGAAGGCUAUGGGUAUCAACAACCUCAUCGAUUUCGAUUUCAUGGACGCCCCUCCUUUGGAUGCGAUGAUAACAGCUCUGCAUCAGUUGCAUACACUCUCCGCUUUGGACGGCGAUGGGUUGUUGACGAAGCUGGGUCGACGGAUGGCUGAAUUCCCCUUAGAACCAAAUCUCGCGAAGUUGCUCAUCAUGUCGGUAGAAUUGGGUUGCUCUGAUGAAGUGCUUACUAUUGUGUCAAUGUUAUCUGUGCAGAAUGUUUUCUAUCGGCCUAAGGAGAAACAAGAGCAAGCAGAUCAGAAGAAGGCCAAGUUCCAUCAACCAGAAGGCGACCAUAUGACGCUGCUUGCAGUUUAUAAUUCAUGGAAGCAUCAUCACUUCAGUCAGCCUUGGUGUUUUGAGAAUUACGUCCAGAUCAGAACUUUGAAGAGAGCACAGGAUAUUCGAAAACAAUUGUUGGGUAUAAUGGAUCGUCACAAGCUGGACCUUGUAAGUUGUGGUCGGGAUGUACAGCGAAUUCAGAAAGCAAUCUGCUCCGGUUUCUUCAAAAACGCUGCAAAACGUGAUCCGCAGGAUGGUUAUCGUACUCUUGUGGAUGGUCAGAACGUAUUCAUACAUCCUUCAUCAGCUUUGUUCCAAAAUCAGCCUGAGUGGGUAGUGUACCACGAACUUGUGAUGACUACGAAGGAGUACAUGCGAGAGGUGACUGCCAUAGACCCAAGGUGGCUGGUCGAAUUUGCUCCAUCUUUCUUCAAAAUGGGCGAUUCUACAAAAUUGUCGGCUUUCAAAAAGAACCAAAAAAUCGACCCACUGUUCGACAAGUAUGCGGAUGCCAAUGCAUGGAGAAUUACUCGUGUCAAGAAGAAGAUCUACAAUCCAAAUCGAUAAGUAUUGCACUGGGACCUCAAUCCUGUCGAUUAUUUUUUUUUUCUAUUGUUGUACUUGUACCUAUCAGCUAGCUCUUGCAUCAGGUUUUCCACAAUUGGUGCAUUCGUCUUCUUAGCUUAGAAAAGUUAGCUAACGUAACUUAUAAACGUGAUAUCAUCUACGCUGUCAUGUUUUGUAUAUAAUUGUUAUGAAUGUGAUCCUCGCUGCCGAUUAUCUAUUAGCGGGAAUUCGCGCAGGCCAGUACAUCUUCAAUCUGUGUUCUCUGUUGAUUGUUCAGCAUGUAAAAUCUGUUUGCAUACGCUCGUUACUGACUUCUUUGAUCCAGUCAUACUGCUUAUUUGCAGAAGAAUAAAAUAUGCCUUUUA